AUGUUGCCACCCGGACUGAUAUCUUCUUCUUUUUUAUUUCCGGUCUUUUCACUAUCUAUCUAUCUAUCUAUCUAUCUAUCUAUCUAUCUAUCUAUCUAUCUAUUAAAUAGAGGAAAAGAAGAGAAAGCGACAGGUGAGUGUGAACCGAUAUUUCUAUCUAUCUAUCUAUCUAUCUAUCUAUCUAUCUAUCUAUCUAUCUAUCUGUGCGAAGGAUCACAUAUCCUUCUUCAUGAGAAAUUGUUUCUGUUUUUUUUUGCUUUCGUUUCUCCUUUAUUUUUUAUUUUUAUUUCUUUUUUAUUUUUAUUUCCUUUUUAUUUUAUUUCCUUUUUAUUUUUAUUUCCUUUUUAUUUUUAUUUGUUUUGUUUCAUUUUUUGUUUUUAUUUCCUUAUUUAUUUCUUGCUUAUCCAUCUUUCUUUUCUUUUUUCAAUUUUUUUUAUUUCCUCUUUCCUUUCAUUUUUUGUUUUCUUUCUUUUUUUCUUUUCAUUUGAAAUGAGUUACGUUUUUCCACUCAAUUUUCUUUCUUUCUUUCUUUCUUUCUUUCUUUCUUUCUUUCUUUCUUUCUUUCUUUCUUUCUUUGUACAAACUCCACAAUCAGUUAAUGGUUCAUGA